AUGCCAGCAUAUCACUCUACCUUUUUGGCAGAAGAUGCUUCUGAUACUAGGGUGGUUGGAAACUUUGCCAUUUUCCCAAUAAAGACACAGUUCAGAGGCCCCUCGUAUCCAUGCCAUUCUGACUACGACAUCAUUGACGAGUGUCUUGAUCUAUUCCGCGCCAAUUCGUUUUUCAAGAACUUUGAAAUCAAGGGCCCUGCCGAUCGUGCCUUGAUCUAUGGUAUCCUGUUUAUUUCCAACUGUCUUUCUUUGCUGAACUCCAGAACUACUGAGCAUGAUGCUACGCGUACCCUGAAUAACUUGUCGCUGGACAAUUUUUCGAUUCCGGGUGACAUCGGCUUCCCAUUGAACUCGCUCUACCAGUCACCCAACGGUAAGUUGGAGUCCGACUUGUUGAGAAGUUAUCUCCAGCAAUUCAGACAGGAGCUUUCAGCCCGUUUGAUCGAGAGAAUUUACAGAGACGACAAGACCAAGCCUAGCAAGUACUGGUUGGCAUUCACGAGAAGAAGGUUCAUGAACAAGAGCUUAUAG